CACCAGACUUGAGGAUACAAUCACAAUACAAAAUGCCUACACUAGACUCGGAUCCCGCCAACGGGCUUGAUAACUACGAUGUUGACGACUUUUCUGACGACCCCUUUGCAUCACCGCCACCAGAAGCCGCCAACAAGAAGCGAAAAGAGCCAGAUUCUGGUCUUGGUAUUGAUCAAGAGGUUGAUGUCAAGAAGAGGGCACGAGUUCCCAAUGUAAAACUCGACGAAGAGAGAUUACUCGGACCCAAAGGUAUUCCCAAGCUAAGGCAAAGGGCAAAGGACCUCAAGAUCAAGGGCAAAGGCCAUGAAUUCUCUGACGCCUCUCGACUUCUAUCCUUCUAUCAACUAUGGCUAGACGACCUCUUCCCCAAAGCCAAAUUCCUCGACGCCCUUACCAUGGUCGAAAAGGCCGGCCACAAGAAACGAGUCAUGAUUGCACGAAGCGAUUACAUAAACGAGAGCAAGCCCAAAGACAGAACUGCAGAUGAUGAGGAAGAGGACGACUUGUUUGGUGAAAAUGAUGCAUCGAGACCUACAGAGCAGGAGGGUACAAGGCCAGCAGAACCUGCAAGACCAAAAACACCAGAGCAAGACCCAGGCGUACCAGACGACGACGAUCUCUACGAUGCUACACCACGAGCUGCACGACGAAGCGCAGGACCAAUUGUCCCCAUCCGCAACGACGUUCCAGAAGACGAUGAUUUCGAGGCUCUUAUUGCCGAGGCAGCAAGUCACGACGCAGCUCAGAAAGCGAAAACAAAACCCACACCAGCAGAGCCAGAUGAUGAUGACCUAGAUGCACUCAUGGCCGAGGCAGAAGUGCAAGAUACAGCGAAGAAACCAGAAGCGGCGCCAGUAGAGCCAGAUGACGAUGAUCUAGAUGCGCUGAUGGCCGAAGCUGAGAGUCAUGAUCAGACGAGCAAAGAGAAAAGUCAAGGCUCAAAAGAUAAGGAGACAAACAAUUUUGACGAUGAAGAGGCUGCUAUGCAAGAAAUGGAUGGGUUAUGGUAAAUUUCCAAAGGUAUCAUGAUGGUUUGGCGUUGGGCGUAUGGGCAAGCACCAGUUUCUGUCUCUGGACUUUGGUGGAUGUCAUUAAACAUCAAUUGGAUCAUAUACCAAACACAUGUUGUUUUCACACUAGCAUUAGUGGCUAUUAUGCUGUCAUUUUCAGGAAACAUCUUUAUUCGACUUAAGAUGAUACUGGAGGCUACCAAACGGGGAGAUAUAUCCAGAUGAAAGAGAUAGAAAAUUAGACGUGAGAACAAUCCUAAACGAAGUCAAAGUCAAA